AUGCUCUUCGGUACCAUCGACACUCUCUCCGGCCUCGCUGCCACCCAAGUCCCUCCUACUCCCGACCAUUCUCUCUCCCCUGCUGCCCUUGGCCGAGGUAAAGACACUGAUGAUACUGACGAUGCUGCCUCGCACCCUGCAGGUAGUAUCAGCUCUGCCAUCUCUGUCGUCGACUCCGACAGCCUUGGGCAGACCCGCUCAUCUUCCUUUGGCCCCGUGCCCCGCGCGCGAUACGAUACUCUCGUCAACGCCCUCCACGCGCCUUACCCGCGCGGCGAUUCGCGAGUGCAAGCUAUUGCUGCUCAUCGACAGCAGCUCCCCAGUGCCGCCGUCGUGAAGGGUCAAGGUCUGUCUGUGGCUGCUUUGUGCGCUGUUCUUGCUGGAUCUUCUCUUUCUGCCGCUCUUGGCACUGCCGCUCUUGGCACCACCCGUGACGAUGUUUUGCCUACUCGCCACUUGUCUGGUGCUUCACCCGUCACCUUCUCCGCUGCUACUGCUUCUACUUCUGCCCUUGUUGGUACCUGUGAGGUUCAUUCCAAGCGCUCUCGAGAGGCAUUCGAACGCGACAAUCUCGUCGACGACGACGCCGCUAGAUUCUUCAAGCGAUCCCGUCUCGUGUCUACUUCUCCCGGUCUCGACGAUAACGCGUCCUACCCUCCUGCCCUCUCUUUCUCUCGCUCUCCCUCCCCCGAGCUCGAGGAAGUUCAAACUCCCCCCAUGGAGGUUAUCGCCCUGCCCGACGUUCAGCUUGAGCGAGGCAUCAAGCGUAGUGCUGAUGACUUUGACAAUGAUGUCGAUAUCACUAUGGAGCCCGAGCCCAAGCAGAAGGUCCAGCGGGUGAGGGAGCGUAUCGCCGUACCUCCUAGCCGCGCUCUCAAGCGCACUACGACGACUCUGUUGCUCGCUGCCCCCUCUACUUUUAUCGACCGACCCGCUAUCGCUGCCUCGGCUCCAACCCUCGCCCCAGCGCCCUUUGUGGCCUCUUGUGCUCCCAAGGCUUGUCCCACUCUCUCCGAGUCGCGCAGGCUUCAGCGCAUGACUACAACACUCGGGCAAGACGUCCUCCGCCCCCUCCCCCUCCAGUCGAUCGACAUGAACAGGCCUAAUCGGCCUUCUCGUCGCGCUCUGAAGCGCACCACCUCCGCUUUGUCGCUUGCCACCCCUUCGAAGCCGAGCUCUCAGUUGGCCAAGGCCAAGGCGCUGUGCAAGACACCUCGCCAGGCGUCGGCUGUACCCCGCAAGGUUUCAGAGUCUCGUCCACUCAAAAGCUGCCUCGAGCGGUAUGCCCCUCCCACCAAACCACCACCUGCUCUCCACUUCAACAAGCCGGGGCAAACAUGGCCUGCUUUCACAUUUUUCUGCCCCAUCCCCCGUUCUCGCCGCACCCUCUCGGACGAGGAAAAGGAAGCUCGCAAAGCCCGCAGGGAACUCAAGGCCAGUUUGGUCUGCGAGUGGAACCCGGAGACUGGGCUCAAAGAGUUUUUACCUCGCCGAGUGGCUGGGGCGAGACCGGGAGAUAGGGCAGAAGAAUGUGAAACCCGGCCAUGUCUGCCCAAGCGUGUGCUCGAAAGCUGGAGGGAGGUGGAAUGGAGCGCUGGAGCGAGGGAAAAAGUUGUUUCAAGAAGAGGACGCCCUGUAAUGAUGAGGUCCCUCGUCUGGUGCAAGUUUUCCUUUUCGCAAUCGCAACGUCAGAUCAAGAUGAUGAUGGGUAUGGCAGCAUGGGAGAGAUUUCCCUUGAUAGCAAGUAGUUGUAGGUCUUGA